UACACGACACACCAAAACCAAAACCAAAACCAAACAGGAAAAGGUGCUCUGCACCGCAUCGCAAUAACGAACGCCAUGAUAUGAUAUGGAUGGAUGAUUGCUGAUCCUGCCGUCACGCCACUCACCUCACCUCAUCUCAUCUCAUCUCAUCUCACCCGAAAUCCCUCGGGUGUCUCUCGCCUCUGCCAACAUGGGUUCCGACUUCAAGGCCAUCCCCCUGAUCGGUAAGUCCUUCAUUAAAUUAAUUAUCCUGCCGAUCCAUUAACCUAUUACCAUAAUCCGCUGCUGGAAUGGAUACGAUUCCAACUGCAUGCAAGAUCCGGAUUCCCGGGCCUGAUUCUGGGCACGAGCCUCUGGAAUUCCGAACGAAUCCUGCCGCAGUCCCAGCUGUAGCAACUGAGCGAUCAUGGGCCAUUCAGAACUCUGCUUCCUGUCUGGAUUCAGCAGGAUGGCACAGACUCGAUCUACCUGAUUAAUAUCGGCCCGCUCGUCGAGAAGAUCGAUGACCCUGCCAUGGCCGGCGACGAGGGUGUUCUCGGCGUCGUCCGGAUGCUGGACGCCGCUUGCAGGGAGGCCGGGUUCUUCUAUGUGAAAGGCCAUGGGAUUUCGGAAUCGCUAAUGACCGAAGUCAGGGAUGUCACGCGCAAGUUUUUCCAGCUCCCUCACCAAGAAAAACUGAAGAUCAAAAUGACACCUCAGAGUGGUUAUAGAGGGUAUCAGAGAGUGGGAGAAAAUGUUACCAAGGGUAAACCUGAUAUGCAUGAAGCAAUUGAUUGCUACACGCCUAUCGAACCGGGCAGGUAUGGUGAUCUUGCUAAACCAAUGGAAGGAUCUAAUUUGUGGCCCGAUUACCCAUCAAAUUUUGACGCGCUGCUGGAAAACUAUAUAAGCCUUCUACGAGAUCUUUCAAGGAAGAUCAUGAGAGGCAUAGCCUUAGCAUUGGGUGCGCCGUUGGAUGCUUUCGAAGGGGGAGUGGCGGGAGAUGCUUUCUGGGUUCUCAGGUUAAUUGGCUAUCCAGUCUCAGAUGACAUCCCACAAGAGGAACGCACUGAUAUAGGAUGUGGAGCUCAUACAGAUUAUGGCCUUCUGACAUUGGUGAAUCAGGAUGAUGAUAUUUGUGCUCUUGAGGUCAGAAACCAGUCCGGUGAGUGGAUAUACGCCAAGCCGGUCCCGGGAACCUUCGUUUGCAACAUUGGGGACAUGUUGAAGGUCUGGUCGAAUGGGAUAUACCAGCCCACGCUGCACAGAGUCGUCAACAACUCCCCUCGCUACCGUGUAUCUGUCGCCUUUUUCUAUGAGUCGAACUUCGACGCUGCGGUGGAGCCGGUGGAGUUCUGCCGGGAGAAAACGGGCGGCGUUGCCAAGUACGAGAAGGUGGUGUAUGGAGAGCACCUGGUGCAGAAAGUACUCACCAAUUUUGUCAUGUAACAGUUGGGGGAGGGGAGGUGAAAUCCUGAAAGGGAACAAAUUUCUGUAGCUGUACUGAAAAUGAUCCAUCAAUAAAAUCCUUCGACAAA